AUGCGCACUUUGUAUCUCUUCUACCUACUGGCCUUUCUCUCUAUUGGAUUUGCGAAUGCUUGCAAAAAUGACGAGGACUGCAGUCUGAACAGAAUAUGUUCGAGAUGGAAAAAGGUCUGCCGUUGUGAUCCAGGCUGGAUUGGCAACGAUUGCGGUCGUCUUGAUCUUGCUCCGGCGACACGAUACCCUGGCUACAACCAUACAUACGAGCCUCCCAGUCCCACAGAUUUUGGUAUCUGGCCUAAUGCCUCUUGGGGAGGUCGGAUUGUUCAAGAUCGUGAUAACAAGCGGCUAUUCCAUCUAUUCAUAGUGCAGUUCAGUCAUGGCUGCGGUCUGAAGGGUUGGCGCCCUCAUUCUUACGUCAUCCGUGCCGAAUCGCAUAACGGGCCUCAAGGGCCAUAUGAAUAUGUCCAAGAUGUUUCCAAGAACUUCGCACAUAAUCCAGACUUCGUCUGGAGCCCUGCUGAUAAGAAGUACCUCAUGUACAGCAUUGGCGUGGAAUAUGAUAAGAAGCUCACGAAGUGCGAAAGCAUUAGCUACACCAGGUGGCCUAACAAUAUUUCUGUUUCGGCUGCUGACGAUAUUCGUGUUCCAUGGUCCCCAUUCAAGAUAAUUCUUGAUAGCGACCGUCCAGCUGGCAUCCACGCUACCAACCCCUCCGCAUUCCCUCUCUGGACGCGCAACAACCCAUCCAGCGAAAUAGUUCUUGGGAUCAAAGACUAUUCAAUCUUCACUGCCAAGCGUUGGAAUGGGAAUUAUAAGCUCAAAUACCAAGCAACAUUGAACGUCACAGAGCAAAAAAACCCAGAAUGGACCCUUUUAUAUGGCGCGACAAGCGAGGCAGCUGGCACUCCAUAA